AUGUCUCAGUACGCCCCCAACUCGGACUUCAAGGCGGCUUUGGACUGCAGUCCCGAGGCCCACACCCAGGAUGACAAGACCGAGGAGGACGUGCCCAUGCCCAAGAACUACCUGUGGCUCACCAUCGUCUCCUGUUUUUGCCCUGCGUACCCCAUCAACAUCGUGGCUUUCGUCUUCUCCAUCAUGUCUCUGAACAGCUACAACAAUGGAGAUGUCGAAGGAUCCAGGCGGCUUGGGAGGAAUGCCAAGUGGGUGGCCAUUGCCUCCAUCAUUAUCGGCCUUCUCAUCAUCGGUAUUUCUUGUGCAGUUCACUUCACAAGGAAAGCCUGAGCCGCCGGCGGGCGGCGAGCACGCAGGCCGGACCUCACCCACACCCCCGAAGGAGCUUCUGAGGAAUGGAUCCUUGGCUUCCGACUAUGAGAUCUUUUCCUCCAGGACUCUCCAGAGGCAGGUCCCUGGCAAACGAACUUUUUUUAAAAAAAAGUCCAAAAUGUAGGAAAACCAAGCAGCACAGCCAGGUCAGCCAGCUAUUGAUUGUUUUUUAAAAACCAAGUGUCGCUGUUUCAGUUUAGCAAAAGCCAUUGUGUCCAUUGCUCUUCUCCAGAGACGAGCCUCAGGAAAUCUCAUUACUUUUAAGUGGAGGUCAGGGAAAGUGUCCAGAUUUGGGGGAGGAGAGGGAGGUUCUAGGAAGAGCA